AUGCCACGUCAUCCAUUGGAUCUGACUUUCAUUCUCCUUGUGGCGGCCUCCUGGCCCCUGUUUACCCAACUUAUCCGAGCCGAACCAGUCAAUCGUAGCAUUGACGACGAAUAUGGAGACCCUUUUGGUGGAGGAGUCGUACAAUACAAGGCUGACUGGCAACAGGGAGCUGAAUGUGGUGGUUGCUUCGCCACUCCGGAUAGAGCCUUUGCCUUCAAUCAUACAUGGCAUGACUCGACGGCCGAUGGCGGACGAGGUCCCCGUGAGCUCACCCUUACAUUCAACGGGUCGGCUGUAUACGUCUACUUUAUCCUGGAUGACCACAUCAUCAGUGACUCUACCACGGCCACUAGUUUCAACAUUACCUUAAAUGGGAGAUUCGUUGAUUCAUUCGAGUACAAUCCCAACGGUGCAGCCGACUUUAUAUACAAUUCGCUGGUAUACUUCGCGGAAAACCUGGACAACCACACCAGUACUGUCGUCCUGAACUCGAGCGGAGACCCACCAUCAUUACUUCUUUUUGACUACGCCAUCUACACGACGGAUUCUGAGGUCGAACCCCUCUCGGGUUCUGAAUCAGCCAUCAUAGCCUCGGAAUCGGCGACGCACUUCUCCGCUACUACAACCAUAUCGUCGCCGAAUAUACCUGCUGGGACUACUGCAGCCAACCCUCCCACCUCUAGGUCGACGCCAGUAGGACCAAUCGUUGGAGGUGUGGUCGGCGGAACAGGAGGAAUCUCACUGGUCAUUUUAACCAUCAUCUGUCUACUGCGACGCCGAAAACGCUUUUUCGCUCGCGAGGAGGCCCUGCAUAAAAUCGAACCCUUAGUUUCUUCAGCAAAUUUCGCGACGUCUCAGCCGGUUUCAAGAAUGCAUGGGGAAAAGAUGCAGGAUGUUUUCGCAAGUACGUCGUUGAGUACGGCGAACCUAUCUGCACGGGCGUCGAGUACUGCUUCGACCAACAGGAGCAGGGACCGGCGGGAGCAGGGGGACGAGGAUAUAAGAGAGAGGAUAGACAGUAUACAGGCAGAGAUCGCACGGCUCCAUCGUACGAUGCGGGUCCAGCAUGAAGGGGUACUCAGCGGGAUAUCAGGGCCGCCCGAAUAUCAAAGCGCCUACGAUGUCGACGAGUAA